UUGUAUUUCUAACGAACAGCAGAGAGAGGAAACAUGAUGCCGAGGAGCAUCCUAUCCAGGUGUGCGCGCUUGACGCAGCAGGUACCUUUGGAAAGCGCGCGGUCCACCAAACACGGCGUGCACCGCGGGAUGUCCUCCGUGACCAUCCCGCCGCCAGCGUGCAUGCUCCGGCCGCUCGAGGCUCCAUUCCGAUACCUGUUUGGACCGGGACCCUCCAACGUGCCGCCUCGCGUUUUAGCAGCAGGAGGGAGACCUAUAAUAGGUCACAUGCACGCGGAGAUGUUCGGGAUUAUGAAUGAUAUCAAGAAGGGAAUCCAGUACGCUUUUCAGACCAGUAACAACAUGACACUGGCCAUGAGUGGCUCCGGGCACACAGCGAUGGAGUGUGCAAUCUUCAACAUUGUGGAGCCUGGAGAAAGCGUUCUCGUUGCCAUCAAUGGAAUCUGGGGAGAACGAGUCGCAGAAAUUGCUGAGCGGACGGGUGCAAAGGUUCACACCUUAGUUAAAACACCUGGAGGACAUUUUACAAAUGCAGAAAUUGAACAGGCUCUGGCUAAACAUAAGCCAGUUCUCUUCUUUCUCACACACGGAGAGUCAUCAGCUGGUCUGGUGCACCCAAUGGACGGCGUCGGUGAUAUUUGUCACAAAUACAACUGUUUGCUCUUAGUGGACUCAGUGGCAUCACUGGGAGCUGCACCGCUUUUAAUGGACCAACAAAAUAUUGAUAUUCUCUACACUGGUUCCCAGAAAGCCUUGAAUGCUCCACCCGGCACAGCACCAAUUUCAUUCAGUGAAAGAGCAUGCCACAAGAUGUUUAACAGGAAAACAAAGCCAGUAUCCUACCUCCUUGAUAUGACCCACUUAUCCAAUUACUGGGGCAAUGACGGCAAGCCAGACAGAAUAUACCAUCACACAGGACCUGUGUCUGGCUUCUUUGCUCUGAGGGAAAGUCUAGCCAUCCUUGCUGAAACGGGUCUUGAGAACUCGUGGAAGCAUCACACAGAAGUUGCAGAGUUUUUCUGGAAGGGCUUGGAAGAUCUGGGCUUAAAGCUGUUUAUCAAAGACAGGGAUCUGAGAUUACCCUCUGUCACCACCAUUGCAAUCCCUGAUGGGUACAACUGGAAAGAAUUUCUGGCUUACAUCAUGAAACAUCACCAAAUCGAGUUUACAGGAGGUCUAGGGCCUUCUGUUGGCAUGGUAUUGCGGAUUGGGCUCAUGGGAUACAACUGCAACAAGGCCAAUGCUACGAAGGCUCUUGCAGCUCUGGAAGACGCUUUAAAGCAGUGUCGAAAGUCCAAGGCCUAAAGACUGACCUGUAUAUUUUUUGCAGUUUCAUAUAGUGAUGCUUGUAGUGCAACAAUUACACACUAAUGUAAAAGAAGAGCCAUUACAUAUGAUGUUUCAUGAUGGUUGGUAUAAUGAGGAAGAAUUUCAGCUGAUUAGAAAUUGUACAUUAUGCCUCCCACUGAACCAAUACCAGCUGUUUUGAAUGUGUUUCUCAAUGUCCUUUUUAAAGCUUCGACAAGCAUCACUCCAGCACUUGAAUGAACUUUAUAAAAUAUAUAUAUUACAGAGAAAUAAAUCAAUAAUAUAAUUUCAUCA